AUGGGCUGUGGAAUGUCUUCUCCCAACUUUAAACGAGGACACCAAUCAACCAGCCUCACUGUGCCCAUUGACGAGGUGAAGAAAUCGCGCUACUGCAUAGAUUCGGUCCUCAUUAUCAUUGGCGAAAAGGAUGAGGACUCCGAUGAGGACUGGAAUUUCGGAUACACUGUGAAACCGGAUGUCGUGUGCCCCAAGGAGCUUGAAAACGAUCGCAAUUUAGGGUUCCAUGGGUACUGGGUUGUCUUGCCCCACCUUGGAUACGAGGUAGAUGUUGAAGAGGUCUUUGAGUUUGGCGACCCUGAAGAGCCAGUCGUUGUGGUCGUUGGUGCAACCGAAGAGGAUUUCGCCGAGACAAUGAAAUUAGGAGACUGUGUAGAUUUUCGCUCUGUGUUCACUGCUUCACUCGAAGUGGUAACUGGUGCUGCGGUUCCUGUUGAGUUAAAAUAUCACUUGUAG